GUUUAUUAAUUAUUCAAAAUACGUAAAAUAACCCCCAAUUUUUGUAAAACCUUUCUGGCGGAGUAACAGAACCGGCGAGGUGACGGCACUACCGACGACGAUAGCGCCGAUAACACUCCGAUCUCCCAUACUUUGUGCUUCGAUUAUAAUUUCAAAAUCUUAGUUAUUAUUCCUCUCAGUUGGAUGAAUUUCUAGGGUUUUUGAUCGAGCGAGGCCACACGAAUUUGAUGCUUGCAUUGUGGUAAGGUAAUGCGGAGGUUUUGAUUCGAAUUUGUGGUUUUGUCAUGUUCUUUCAAGCCGAAGGUUGAUUCCUUCGUUAUUAAGGAUCUAAGAAUGCUGUAGGUUUCAACUCUCUUGGAUAUUUUCGGAAUUGUCUACUUAGGGAAUUUAGUGAAAAUAAGAUCAGCCAUAAAGAUUACGACUUUAAAGCUUUUCUUUUUUUGGCUCUUUUUUGUAGUUUUAUCUGAUUCCAUGCUCCUUUUCGCGUGAUUGCUGGAAAUUUUCUUUGUGAUCGUGAGAUAUGAAGAAUGUUGGUAUCCAUUAUAAGUUUUGUCAUGGUUUCGGAGCUUGUGAUGAUGAGCUUUCUGUAUGUUGGGUGCUUAUGAGAUCAGUUUUUAGGUUUUAAUCACCCGUUACCGCGUGUUUUUUUUUAAACCCGUUUUCCUUUCCCUUCAUUGGAAUCGUGGGUAUUCCAUAGUGGAACUGGUAUGCACUUGCUUUUUAACAUAUUGAUUGCGAAAGCCAUAGUUGAUUGGUAGAAGUUCCUAGUUCACUUCGUUUGCUAGAUUUCUCAAACACUGAGGUCUUUUGUUUUUUUUCGGUUAGAAAUUGGAUGUCUUACGAGUAGUCUAUCUGUCUUCCUUAUAAUGAUCAGGUGGUCUUAGCCUUGACAAGUGAGUUGAUAGAAAUGAAUAGUCUUCAUGUUGCAAACGGGGGUCAAAAGAGGCGUCUACCCCUAUGGAUGUCAGGUGAUCAAGUUCAGAGUAAAUCUCAAAUUGGGAAUUUAAACUGUACAAAAGAUGAUGACAAGGGAUGCCAAGAAGAUGUGGAAAGAGUUACAAAAGGCAGUAGAAGGCCCAAAACAAAGUCUCAGAAAAAAGAGACCGAUGAUGGAAAAGUCAAGUUGAAAGAAUCAUCCUCAACUGUACUUGUGAAAUGUCGAGAGAGAAAGAAGACAAAAAGGGAAGUGGUGAUUCAGGAUGCUGACUGUAUUGAGGAUGGUGGAAGGAAAAAGAGAAAAUGUAGGCAAAAAACUGAGACAUAUUUUGAGAGUGAAACUGAGGAAGAUGUCGAACCUUUUCUGGAGGAUGGAGAAGCCGAAGAUCUUACAGUAGACGAUUUGAUGAGCAUAGCAAAAGAGUAUGUUGAAGAAGAUCAUGAUGCUCAAGUGCUUAUGCCAUCAAAGCAAAGAGAUACAGCUGAAAAUCGAUCUCAGCAUGUUGAAGUUGAAAGUGAUGCUCCAGUGCUUGUGUCACCAAAGCGAAGAGAUGCAGCUGAAUAUCGAUCUCACAAUGAUGCCCAAUCAGAUAGCUUCAUUGGUGUCACUGAUACAAGCAGAAGACUGUUUGAAAGUCAGGGAACGAGUUCCUAUAGCACAACUGAGAAUCCGACAAGUGAUACAGGUGUACCAGUGACUUUGUCUUCAAAUCCUGUGCAAGCCAUGUUAGAUGUGUUGUUGGGUCCUUCACUCAAGAAAACCCAAGAGCUAGAAAAAGAAAGAAGACUUAAUUCACAGAACACAAGUUUCACCUAUGAAUUGGAAAAACAACACAGCAGUGUCGAUGUUGCUGAAGAACCAAUUGUAGUGGUGGCUAAGAAGAAGAGCAGUCUAAAGGACAAGGUGGCAAUGUUUCUCGAUUAACCUGCUAUCAUAUACUAUCUCGAUCUUGCUUUUGGUCAAAGUUCAAUGGUGUUGCGGGUAUAUAUGCCCUCAGUCAUUCAUUUUGUUGGUUAUAUUUUUUGGGAGGCUUUAGGCCUUGUAUAGCUAGACUAGAGGAAUCAGCAGAAUUAGGUUGUAGCUACCUCGCUGAUAAUUGUGAACUAAGUUUACUUAUUAGUAUGAAAUGAGACCUGUUUGGUCACCUCUCGGCCAAUAGAAUUCCUCGCCAUUGACGCGAAUCCGCGAUCAUGGAUAGAAUGAAUCCUCUAUGGUUCUUAUAUAUUUCCAACUUAUGGGUUGGCCUAGAGAAACUUCCAAAUUUGAAUAGGAU